CCCGUUGCCAAGCGCGAGGGUGUUCUCUCCCGCGACUCACUCGAGUGAAAGCGAGGAUAGUCGGACCAUGGAUAUGCAAGGGGCUCGCUUUUUUGUGUUCUCCAACGUGCAGUUGACCUUCUGAUGCAUCGGUGGCGUGGUGGCUCUUUCAAGUUUGGAUUAAAAGGCAUAGCGGCUAUCGUUUCUCUGCAUUCGGAUUUACAAAGUAGACCGUCAUAUGUGAUCUCCAUGUUUUAACGAGAAUAUCAAGCGUUGCUUAUUUUUUUAUAUUUCAUGACCUACCUUUGUUUUUGAGGAGUGUUUUUUACAGACAGGGAUAUUCGAUACAACGAUAUUGCAUUGCAAGAAACCCCCGUUUUCCGUGAACUUCUGAGGCCAGGUUCCAAACCAGCGUACGGAGAUGAAUUCCAUACGACAGGUGCCCUCGCGGGUGAAAAGCAAACGGACGGAAACUCAUUUGGGUGCGGAAAGAGAACACUUUGAAAGACAGCAGCUCAGCAGCAUCAGCAAGGCAAUCAACUCCACAGAGACGCCAGUCAAGGAGAAACAUGCCCGCAGGAUCAUCCUGGGUACCCACCGGGAGAAGGGGGCCUUCACCUUCUGGUCCUACGCCCUGGGCCUGCCCCUGCACUCCAGCGCCAUCCUCAGCUGGAAGUUCUGCCACGUGCUGCACAAAGUCUUGCGCGAUGGACAUCAAAACAGUUUACAAGACUGUAUGAGGCAUCACAGCAACAUUGUUGACACAGGAAUUAUGUGGGGAAACCUGCGGGAUCGCCAUGGUUACGGUCAGCUGGUGUCCCUCUACGCAAAGCUCCUCAUCACCAAGAUGGAGUUCCACACUAAGCAUUCUGAGAUCCGGACUAAUCUGGAGGCUACAGAUGAAGUGUUUGAGAGGACCGUGGGAACAGACAUCAACAAUGUGUUCCAGCUGACGGUGGAGGUGUUUGACUACAUGGAUGCAGAGCUCAGGGUGGCCGAGGCAGUGCUGCGUCAGCUGAACACGUCCAUAGCGAUCUCCACCAUGACGUCCGGCCAGUGUCGCCUGGCCCCCCUCAUCCAGGUCAUCCAGGACUGCAGCCACCUCUACCACUACUCCGUCAAGCUGCUCUUCAAACUACACGCCUGUCUGCCUGCCGAUACACUGCAGGGCCAUAGAGAUCGCUUCCUUGACCAGUUCCACAGCCUGAAGACAUUCUUUAACAAGGCCCGAGACAUGCUCUUCUUCAAGAGACUCAUUCAGAUACCACGGCUACCUGACUCUCCUCCUAACUUCUUGCGAGCGUCGGCCCUGGCGGAGCACGUGAAGCCGGUGGUGGUGAUGCCAGACGAGGAGCCGGAACCAGAGGAGGCGGAGGAGGACGAGCCGGAAUCCCUUAUCGACAUCAGCGAAGCACCCCCACCCAGCAUGGCAGCCCAGCCACAGGUGGACAUCUUUGACCAGGCCUUUGGACCCCCAAAUAACGGCUUUGACGACAGAGAUCUUCAGAUUGAGAGUCUGAAGCGUGAGAUCGAGCUGUUACGAGCAGAACUGGAGAGGAUCAAAGGAGAGGCCCAGCGUUACAUCACGCAGCUGAAGUCUCAGAUCAACAGUCUGGAGGCGGAGCUUGAAGAGCAGCGUGUGCAGAAACAGCGCGCCCUGCUGGAGAACGAGCAGCUGCGCAUGGAGCUGGAGGCCACACGCAGACGCAACGCAGAACACGAGAGCACGCAGAGCCUCUUCAGCGAAGCAGAGAAGCGGUCCCAGGCCACUGAGCAGCGCUACAACAAGCUGAAGGAGAAGCAUGCCGAACUGGUGUCCAACCACGCAGAGCUACUCAGGAAGAGUGCGGACACGGUGAAGAUGCUGUCGGCUACCCAGGAGACUCAGGAGGAGGUGGAGAGAACCAAGCAGCAGCUGGCCUUCGAAGUGGAACGCGUACGCCAAGAGGCUGAAAUGAAGAUGGAGGAGCAGAAGUUUGAGAUGGACAAGCUGAGGAGGGAGAUGGACGAGAAGAACGCUGAGAUGGCUCGCAUCAGGAGCACACUGGAGACCAACACCAAGGCGGAGCAGGAGAAGAGCAGUGCUGUGGCGUCUCUGCAGGCUGAGAAGGAGCGUCUGAUGAGGAGCGUCAGUGAGAAGGAGGCGGAGCUCUCGGCGGCCCGCCAGCAGCACCAGCUGAAGGAGAGCUCCCUCACACAGGACCGAGACAAGACCACCCGGGAACUGGACGACCUGCACAACAAACUCAAGGAGAAGUUGAGUCGAGAGGAGGCUCUUCAGCAGAAGCUGUUGGAGGAGCAGUUUAGCCUGCUGCAGGGCACAGUCACCGAGGCAGAGAACAUCAUCCAGGACGCCCUGGCCAAACUAGACGACCCCCUACACAUACGCUGCACUAGCUCCCCAGACUAUCUGGUCAGCCGGGCUGAGUCCACUCUGGGCUCCAUUGACAAGGUGAAGGCGGGACAUGGUGACUACCUGAAGAACAUGAAUGAUGCCAGUGGUCUGCUGAGGGCUUUGACUCAGUUCUCCCACCUGACUGCUGACACCAUCAUCAACGGCAGCGCCACAGCUCACAUGGCACCCACCGAUCACGCCGACCGCCUGACUGAGAACUGCCGGGGCUGUGCCAAUAAGAGUCUGGAGUUCCUGAGAGAUCUCAAGUCCAAAGCCUCCCUGAGGAGCGCCGACCCUGAAGCCAUACGAGCUGCCGUACAGAAGAUACUCAGACUAGCACAGGACCUGCGUCCGAAGGGUGCUGAUGUGGGGAAGGAUGAGUUGGGAGAUCUGGUGGACAAGGAGAUGGCCUCCACAUCAGCUGCCAUUGAAGAGGCCGUACGACGCAUAGACGAAAUGAUGAACCAGGCCAGGAGAGACACCGAGGGGGUCAAGCUGGAGGUCAACGAGAGGAUCCUGUUCAGCUGCACAGAUCUCAUGAAGGCGAUCCGUAUGCUGGUAAUCGCCUCCACAGACCUGCAGAAGGAGAUUGUGGAGGGGGAGCGGGGUGCUGCCACCAUUAAGGAGUUCUACGCCCGUAACUCUCGCUGGACUGAGGGCCUCAUCUCAGCAGCCAAAGCUGUGGGCUGGGGCGCCACUCAGAUGGUGGACUCCGCUGAUAAGGUGGUGCUGCAUACGGGCAAGUACGAGGAGCUGAUCGUCUGUUCUCAUGAGAUCGCAGCCAGCACCGCACAACUGGUGGCAGCAUCCAAGGUGAAAGCGGACCGUAACAGUAAGAAGCUGGGCUCGCUGCAGCAGGCCAGUCGCCAUGUCAACGAGAUGGCAGCCAAGGUGGUGGCCUCCACCAAGACGGGACAGGAGCACCUGGAGGAGAAAGACACUAUGGACUUCUCUGGCCUGUCCCUCAUCAAACUCAAGAUGGAGGAGAUGGAGUCACAGGUGAAGGUGUUGGAGCUGGAGUCCCAGCUGGAGAACGAGCGUCUGCGUCUGGGCGAGCUGCGGAAGAAGCACUACGAGCACUACGGGGUGCCCCUGGACGCGGCCGCCGCCGCGGGGGACAACAACGGCCUGCGCGCCCCCUCCCCCAACCCCGUGGCCCCCUCCUCACCCAAACCCUCCAAGCCAGCCCUGUUCAAGAAGCCCGCCCUGGCCAGCAAGCCCAACGUGCCCCCCAAGGCUGGAUUUAGGUAAGACGGUGCAAGACCCCAGGUCCAUGUUGACACCGAUGAUGAACUCCAACAAAGGAACUCAAAUACUCCUCUGCCUCCUCUCCUCCUCCUCCUCCUCCUCCUCCUCCUCCUCCUCCUCCUUAUUACUCCUUCUCGACAGAUCCAUCCUUUUCUCCUUCCCACUCUCCUCCCCAUCCUCCUCCUUCUCCUUCCACUUCUCCAUUCCCCAUCCGGUUGAUGGAAGGACCUCGUUGUCUGCCUCCAGAAAAUCUAUUUAUCUCCUUUUUUUUCAUAUUAUCUCGGUCUUUGUUUAUGUCUGAACUGUUACGUUUUCUGUUUUGACAAAAGGGAAUUUCGACAAACAAACACAAACAAAUGUUUAUUUUCUGUACCUCCUGCAAUAUCUGAUGAUGAAGGGAAAGCAACAGGGGAGGCAAUGUCACUGAAUUCACUGUAAAGGGUUUUUUGAUUGUCUUUGUUAUUUCUGUAUUCGAUGCGGUUUGCGUUAGUGUGUGACUAUUUUGAUUGUUUUGUUUGCAUUUGCUCUGAUAUAGUUUUUUUGUUUUUGUGUGGGCUCAUAUGCUGCACCUCUGCCUCCCCCAGACCGUCACAUUCUAGAAUCCCACAUUCCUUUCUCUUCUUUUGUUUUUCUUUCUCCUCCUUUCAUUCCCUUUCUCUGUCACUCCCUUCCAUCCCUCACUGUCACACAUCGCAGUUGGGCCACUCAGGACAAGCCUUUUUUUUUUCGCCCAGAAAACUUAAAAUCACGGAGGUUCACAUCAUUCAUAUCAAUUGCAAAUGUUCACUUGCUUCACUAUAAGGUACGCUCAGUUUGCAGUACUUUUAGGGCGUUUAGGAACACUGCUCCGUGGCCUACAUAUUACACUACUUGGUGAAUUUGUGAAUAUUUCCGAUUCAGGGCUUCCGCACAUAGGCUCCGACAAAGUGCUGAGCACUGCUCCGCAAAAGUUCGAUUCCAUUGUUUUCAAUAGAACCACGCACACUGGCGCCGAUGUCCGCGGACAUUCGCGGAUGUCGUAUAGCAAUUAGAGGCGAGUUCUAUUUUGUCGGCGUCGCCCCUUGACUCUCAAUGCUAUGUUCGUGUGAAAUUGGGUUUGGGGGUCCGAAUUACGUCGGAAGCGAAAGUGCGGCGCAGUGCUUUCGGAGCCAAUGUGCGGCUGGCCUCAGACGUCCUCAACGUCCUCUCCUGCUUCCUUUUCAUUCUGUAGAGGAUACGUGUUCUAGUUCUCGUGUUCUAGUUCCAUAUCAGGAUUUGCGCCUGUGUUUUUGUUGUCUGUUUCUAUUGUCUAAUCUACAGCACAAAUCCACACAUUAAUAUAUUCAUUCAGGGAGGCAUAUAUAUCUUUAUACUGUAUAGAUAUCAUAUCAAAUAUAUAUAUAUAUAUAACUAUGAGGGUCUAUGAUUGAUCUGCGGUGACUGUAGGUAGACACUGCACCAACAGCCUGAGAUGAGAUUCAGGGUCAGGGUGGUGGCUAUUCCAGAGAGGAUGGUUCAGUGGCUAUCCUGUGGAAGUUAACUUCAAAGUAAGUCAUGUAUUUUCAACAGUCCAGAGUACAAUCGUCCAUAAUCAUUAAUUUGUAAGCUGGCAGUUGUGACGGGCACUGUAGUUUUUACAGAGUCAUUCGAUAUCUUGUACAGUUUUCUGAUUUGGCACCCCAGGGAGAAACCUAGCUAAGAUUCACUAAGUGCGUUUGGUAAAUCUGCUAAUAGAAGACCCUAAUGAAUUCAUUCUCUUUGCUAAAUUAUGUCUGGGCCCUGCCUCUGCUACUAGGUGAUUUGCAGCUUGCUGUGAUCUAGGUCAGUAAUCAUGCACAGCCUGCCUGCCUGGCUGGAAUUCACCCCAGUUCUAGAACUCCCCCCAGUUCUGGAUCACUCCCCCCAGUUCUAGAACAUUCCCCAGUUCUGUUGUCAUGCAGUGUUGUUGUGUUGUGUUGUGUUGGGUGGGGGGCUUCCUGGUAUGGCUUUUGCUUGUCUAGCUCUUCAGCCAUCGGCACAGACCAUCUUUUCCUCUCUGCACUCACACAGAGACCUCGUUUUCCCAACAGAGUAAAAGAGCCAGGCACAGGGCUGUCCCUUGUCCUGUUUAGUGGCGUACCGCUUGCUCUGACUUGAUGAGUUCAGCUGAGCCUGCUUUCUGGAAUCCGCCCAUUGAUCUCCUGUGUAUUUUUAGCAUUAAGAUUUUAAAAGUGGAAAAAAACAUGGGGGGAAACAAUGUGCCUUUCUCUCUUUACAUGAGACCUUUAAAUAUGAAUAGUAUGUUUGUUUGUUUGUUUGUUAUUUUUAUGUCAUAUUCUCACUGUUCCCCUGCUCCUCGUAUGCUCCUGUGUGGGGGUUGGCAGUCGCUUGUACUGAUAUCACAGAGACUUAAUAAUAAUAAUAAUAAUAAUAAUAAUAUUGAUAAUGACAUUGAUUGAAUGAUUGAAUUGCCACAUAACUCUGCAGUGCAGGUGUGUGUACGUAUAGGUCACGGUAGACUUCCCUUUAGAGUAUAGUGUUGACUCUCUGACCUUUAUCAUGCUGUAUCACCAUAGUGUAGUGUCUCUUGAUUACUCUAACAAAUAGCAUACCAUGUUGUAGCUAAAUUCUACACAGAACCAACGUAGCCAUGUUUGGUCAUAAUGCCCUUGGGAUCAAGUCAAACUUAAAUCAAUCUAAGAAGCAAAUGAAGGGAAGAUGUUGCAAUGGAUUUAACUUUAUGCAACAUGUGUGUCAAUAAUGUGUGUGUGGAAUUAAGUGAAGUUGGAUCAGUAAGAUAUGAAGGUCAAUUUAUUUUAACUCAAUAGUGCCAUGUAUGGCGAAUGGCAUCAUUGCAUUAUCUUAAACAAUUAAGGGAAUUUCUUUUUAAGUUGGUCCUGUGUGGCAGUUUUGCUUUUUUUUAAAACAACACACACAGUUAUGGAACUGGAGUGUUGUACUCUGCACACGUUGGUUAGUCUGCAUGACUGAAUCAAAACCAAUCAAUCACAAAUCGCCCAGCCACAUCCACCUUUUAAAAAAAAACAAAGUCCCCAAAACCCUUUAAAGCUGUAGGUGUGUGUAUCAUCAAAAUGCUUUUAAAAAUGUAUUUUUUGUUUCUGUUUGAUCUGGUGUAUUAUGGAUAUAUAUGGGUGUCUGUGGUUGGGGUGACUGUGGCACUGGAAACUGCUAGAAAUGCUGUGCAUGUCUACUGAGGGAACUCUUAGCUGUCCGGGGCCUUUUGUUUUUAAAGUUAGGUGCCUAUCUCUCUUUCGGAAAGGGGUCACAUAUACAUAUACAUAUAAAUGAUAAUGGAUAUUCUUUUCCUUUUUUUGUGUUUCACUCCUCGUGUCUUUCUAAGAAAACAUGUCUUUAUAUACUGAAAUUAUAUUAAUAUAUUUUAGACUGUGAUAUCCUGAAAUAAAAUAAAUGUACACGUCAAAUGAACAAUAAAAGUUUAUGAAGGAA